AUGGAGGACGACGGCUACCAACAAGAUUUCUAUCCUACGAACUAUACACUGGACUCAGAGACACUCCAAUCAGCCAGACACUACCAGCAACAGCAGCCGUACCACCACCAACCACCACCCGCCCAUCAACCCACCCAGCAGUACAGUAACCAGUAUUAUACUGAUGGGUCCCAGUCAAACUAUUACUCACAGGAGCAGUAUUCUGGAGGAAUGGGCUACACUGUGCCAGAGUCGGAAGGAGAGAGGAUGGAGGUUGAUCCCUACCCUCCAGCUGGUCAGCCUCUACCAGCUGGUAGUAUGGGCCUCAUGUCUCAAGGAGGAGGAGGAGGAGCUUAUGAUAGUCAGGGAGGACACUCUGGGUUUGAAGAAGACCCACCAUUACUGGAAGAGCUUGGAAUUGACUUUAGUGUCAUCAAGGAGAAUACGUUAUCUGUUCUCAACCCAUUGCAACAAGCUGAUGCAGUUGCUUUAC